AUGGACUUUCCAAAAAAGCUUUUCUCCGUCCUUAACGAUGUUGGCGAAAAUGCAUCUGUAAAUGAUGUUCUCACAAAAGUCAGUGACGACGUCGAGAAAUUUUUGAGUGCCCCUCCACAAACAGGAAAUUCGGAAGCAGGCAUUUUACAGGAUGAUGUGUUGGAAGUGAUGAAGCCAGUCUCAGUCUUGGUCCUCAAGGGACUAAUCAAAUCUGUGCACGGAAGCGACGCAGUGGAUUUUGAAGACACAGAGAAAAAAACUUUGAAGGGUACACUGUCUGUAAAACAGAUUUACCUUGAUAACAAGGAUGGAUUAGAUACAGGAGCAGUGUCAUGCUACGUUCGCGCUGGAAAGAAUCUACUUCGGUGGUAUAUUCAGAUCUUCCUUUCGCAAAGAGCUCCUUCUCACCCUAGUCCUGUGAGCUGCCUUCAGAAUAAAGGGACAGUUGAACUUUUGGUUUGCUUCCUCGAAAACCAAAUGGAGAAAAUGAAUAUUGCCAAUCAAGAGAUGGAGCGAGACAUUUCGCUCUUUCUCUUUUACGCCACAUUCAGCGCAUUUCCAGGCGACGAAACAUCAGAAGGAGCACUGUGUCACCUUAUUUUUGACUUGUCAUUCACCAGAACAGUACUGAAAUUUCUCGUAAAACCGUGCUCUUCUGCUCUUUUGGUUGCAUUGGUAAGAAACAUUCACACCGCUAUUGUUUCACUUCAAGGGGCUGGGAAAGAGGUUAUGAACUGCAAGAUCAGCUGCAAUGAAUCGUCGUCACAGACAGCCGUUUGGUUUUCGGAUGAUGCGUGCGAGGUUUCGUUCAGCUCUAUAUGUACAGACAUCCUACACUGGGCUCUGAACUCAGAACCUGUUUUCCCAGGCGAAGCAGGGGAUCGACGAUUUGAUCUCGUGCUAGAAAUCUUGGGGGCGUUCUAUGCUCUCAGCAGAGGGAAGCAUUUGGACGGAAGUGAAAGUAGCAAGAAGCUGUUUCAAUGCAUCGUCGACAUUCUGAAGUUGCCUCAGGACGAAAGUGAGAAAGACAUGAUACAAUGCAAGACGUCUGUGGUGUCGCUGCUCAUGGAUUGCAGCCCUGUUAUCAGUAAAGAUCUCAUCAGCAAUGGGUGUCUUGAAUCUCUUUUAGAGCUCAUGGAUGCGCAGGUGCGACGAAUCAUAGAGGGUGUUAAGGUUGAUGACGGAGCUGCUGCUGCAAUCCUUCCCGUCGUGAUUGUUCUGAAUAAAUUUAGCACCGCAAAUGCCGAUGUUCGAAAAACAGCUAAGGAUUUUGUUUUCCCACCAGAAGCGGAAGAAGCUUUCAGGCAGAAGGUACAAGAGCAUGAAUCCACGUCCAAAAAACGGAACAUGGGACCUCUAGACGCACCGAAGAGAACUCUUCGUUGGAACCUGAUUUCUCUACUGACCUGGCCGCAGGGGCACAUCAAGCGAUGUACAGGAGAGUUGCUGUGGACGCUCUGCUCGUUCAAUGCAACUGAGUUUGUCCAUCGAGUAGGGUUUGGAAAUGGUAUGCCGCUAUUGGGUGCCAAAGGGCUUGUACGGAUGCCUCAGCAGUAG